AUGGCCGACAUAGAGAGACUUCCCCUGGAGGUUUUGGAGGAUAUCUGUGAAUUUGUCGCUUCCGAGGACGACUGGGCCAGCCUGUGCGGUUUCUCACUUACAAACAGGCGAUUCUGUGACGCAGCAAACAAACAACGUUUCAGGGAGAUUCGCUUCCUCAUCACAAACCGCAAAGAGCUCCAUUCAAGCGUGAACCGAUGGAAUACCGUUUUAGAAUCGGGCUGCUAUUUUGCGUAUGUCCGUCGGCUUGUGCUCUACGACGAAGCUCCAGUCCAAAGUUUCGAGUCCGGCAUGCUGGAGGACCCUGCCGAUGAAAACAUUGACAUACUCUCAGGCCAAUCUCCCUGCAGCAUUUUUGAUAAAAUGUAUGAACGCAACCAAUGGACUCUACGGGAGGAAGAAGCAUGGGAGCCCCUGGCUCAGCUCAUUAGCCGACUUCCAGGCUUGACUGAUUUGAUAUAUAACUAUAUAAAACUGUUCCCGCAGUGUCUGCUAGAUGUGCUACACCGGAAGUUGCCCCGGUGCAGACUGCACAUAUACACCUUCUGCCUAGAGAGCCUAUACCGGUUCCCGGAUUGCCCAUACAAUAUAGAGCCAUAUGAGUAUACCCUCGCUACAUCACCAAACCUAUACAGCAUUUUUGUGCCUCAUUUUUAUUUUCGUUCGCCGUUGGUCGACCAUAAUUACGAAGCUGCUUUGCUGCUCGCAUCGGGACUGGCUCCAAAUUUGAAGGAGAUAUACCUGAAGACUAUACAAGAAUAUCCACUUGUAAACCGGAGCGUCCCUAGGCCUACAUGGCAUGGGUUCUUUCCUGACCGGCCUCAACCCACAAUCGGCUUUGGGAAGAUAGAGAAAUUGGGAUUCUCAUCUGGCGCUCUGAUGGACAACCAGGGGCUCGAGGCCUGGAACAACAAUACCUCUUUCUCCCAAUUGCGUACUCUUGUUUUGAAGGGCGAUAUAACCAUGGACACGUUUAAGUUGGCUGGGAAAUGCGAAUUUAACUCGCUUGAAACUCUGGCGUUAGAUUUGUCUCUCCUCAGUGAGGAGUAUGAUAGGCACGAGUUGGAUGCAACGGGCAGCUCGUUCCUCAAAAGUCUGUCUCAUCCACUUAAGAGCCUAAACUUGCCAGGCUCUUUUUCGACGAAGACUCUCCAGGCUGUUUUGGAUAGUCAUGGUAGCCAUAUACAACGACUACGGCUCUCAAGUUCCCCGAAAAAGAAGUGGCCAUUUACCUUGUCAGCGGCGAUGAUCAAUAAAUUCUCCUUACGAUGCUUGAAGCUUGAGGAGUUUACACUAAUUGUCGACCGCACAAUGGGGAGUCAGGAUGAAAUUGCUGUCUACCGGGCACUUGGGACACUAGCUAAAUUGAAGCAUCUUGUAAUAUAUAUGGACUUUUGGGGCCCUCAGAUUGACGGCAGCUUCAACCAUGGAAUGAUGAUAAACUCUGCCAUCGAUAGGCCAUUAGCCCAAUCUAUAUUUCACACAAUUAUCACCGCUGCUGAUCAGGGAAAAUCUGCUCUGCGGAGUCUCAAGAUCCACUGGAACAGAGCCCGUUAUCAAUGGGAACACCUACGUGAUAGGGAGUAUGCAGAUGUCGCCCUUGUUCUCCAACGCCAUUGGCUAUGUACCAGGUCAAGGGACGGCAGCGGCAAACUUCAUGUAAAGGAGCUUGGAAGCAUGAAGAGAGAGAGAAUUGAGACCAUCAAUCGUCAUCCCGAACCCCCCAAGGCCUACGAAGAGACGUUUCGGGACCUCUGGCCAAAAACGCGGGCGCAUUGGAGCGACGACUGGUAUAGCUUCCCCCUUCAGCUUGGACAGCGAACCUGA